UGAUCGAGUACUUGAUACGUUGCAUCGUCAAUUUAAUCGCCUCAUUCAGUCAUUCGUCAUUCUCCUUGUUCAUUCUGAUAUGAACAUCAGUAGUACGAGUAUAUCGUUUUUUUUAAACAAAAGUGAGAAUAUUUUAAUUAAAUUAUACAACUUUGAUUUACGAUUACUGGUCCAACGUUCGCAUUUUUUGGAUUUCGUGUUUUGGGUGCUCUUGCUGUUGUGUGUAAAUUCGAAGAAAUGGCUUGUGCAAUGAUAAAAGCUUGUUGCGGAAAAUCUUUACUGACUGUUGCUCAUGUCUUACUUUACGUUAAUUUGAUCCUCGAUGUACUGGAGUCCUGGUAUAGCAUAAUUUCGAAAGAUGACCCGAUUUACUCUUAUCUCUUAGAAUAUUCCAUGGCUUCGAAUAUUUACAUAGCACGCAUGUCGAGUCGAGUGGUGGAAAUUUUGGUAUUCCUUGCUGCUACUUUAACGAUCAUUAAAAGAAAACCUUCCAGUCCCUUAUUAAUAAUUUGCGUGGUAUUUGUACUGCUGGAAAUGUUCUACUACAUUUACGCGUUGAUCGAAUUAAAUUGUGCAAAUAUCACCAGCUAUGAGGACUUUUCUCAAGGUAUGGUGACAAUCGAAGACAAGGAGGAAUACCCAGACAGCAAUGACGAGUUUUACGACGAUGAAUUAUUCUCAGAAAGCCCGGAGGAGUUUUUUCAUAAUCGUAUGUUGACGAUCAAAAACAAGGAGGAAUUCAAAGAUACCAUGAAGGAGUUUAUUAUUCGUACGGCGAUUCAUAAGGCGAUGAUCGGAAACAAGGAGGAAUACUCUGAAGAAUCAGAUCCACUUCAGCGCUCAGAAUACUCGAGUACGACGACAGCAAAUCCGGAGGACCAGUUACACAAAAUUCGUAUUGAGUAUUCGAAUACUCUGUACGGUUUGGACUUGGCAUUCGGUUUGAUUCUGAUUUUUAAAGCUUACUCAGCGCUGGUGAUUUACAACUCCAUCGUUCAAUUGAAUCAAAUAACUUCUAACGAUUUACCACGUGCUCAGCAAGAUUCCCAUCGUAAUGUAGAAAAGAAUGUAACCGCACCUCCACCUGCCUUUAAUGCUGCCCAGUUCAUCCAAUCUUAUCCUCAUGUUCAUCUCUAUCCAGCAGGUGUACAGUGUACUCAGCUUCAUCCCAAUUCUCAACCAAGUCCUCUGUAUCCUGCUCAACCUUCGGUGAAUGGAGUUGGGUCCAAUUAAUUGAUUAUUCGUGAAUCUACGAAUGUUAUUUUGUAUUGAUUUUGGUCUUAAUUUCGUACGAGUGUGCAGAAGAUUUUCUAUUUUUUUUUUUUAAUUUUCAUUAUAAUUUUUGUUUUUAUGCAAAUAAUAUUUAAGUACGUACCUAUCUCGUACUUAAUGCAUAUAAUUUUAUUAGAUUGUUUCAUUAUAAUUUUCAUUAGGUAUAUAUUUUUCAAUGGGUACCUACCUAGUUUUAUUGUCAAGAAAUUGGAAGUAUCUAAUUUUGUGCAGAUUGCAGUUGAACUUCUUAAUGUAUGUGUGUUUUUUUUUUUUUUUUUUUAUUAUUAUUAUUCAUUUUUAUCAUCUCAUAUGUAACUGUGAGCAAUUUUCAUUUUUUUUUUUCGAUUUCGUUGACUCCAUGUAUCGAAGGUAUAAUGGUUUUAGUUGACUUUUUUCAAUAAUUGCAUUUUGCUUUGUGAGUUUGAAGAGUCAAGUUAGAUAUUACAAUUUUAUACUGAAUAUAAUAUAUUGCAAAU